UUUUUUGAAACCGCAAACGCAAAAAAAAGAGUCACGCAAUUAUGUUGUCGGUAAAGUACAAACCUACAGAAGAAACUGCAAAAACUUGGUUACCAGAUUUCAUUUCAUUUGCUCUCUAUCUCUGUUUCCGAAACUAGCUCUUUUCUUCUCUUCUCUGACUCUGCUCCUACUAUUUUAAUCCGUGAUUCUAAGGCCGUGUUUGGAUCGCAAUUAGGGUUAGGGUUUGAGUUUGAAUUUUUUCUCAAAUGCUAUUAUUGUUCUUGCUGGAUUUUCCACCAGAAUGCCAAGAAGUCCCACAACGCCUCGGAGCUCUGCUUAUCUCAGUGCUCUCUCCCAAGAAAUUGAGAAGAAACUCCAGCGGGCACUAGCUUCUCGUUCACAGAGACCUAACUUGUUGCAAGAGUUGUUUGCUGAUAUUGCUUUAGAGGUUGAUGAGAGAGCAAGAGAUAUAAUCUGUAACAGAGAAGAAGAUGCAAUUUCUCCUGCAGAGGAUGGUAUCCAUGGCCCAUUAUGCUUUUUUGAUGUACUAGCUGAUUAUUAUGUUCAAGAGCCUGAGAAUGGACAGCCUAUCCUUGAUUUAAUUGUCACGCUAUGGAGCCAAUCAUUUGCAUGCCACAUUUUUACACUUCUGUUCCACAAAUGGCUAUUUGAAGUUCAACUUGACAAUUCUGAAGUCCUCCUCCGUUACUCAUCUGCUCUUGUUCAAGGUGCUACAAAUGUUUUCUGGAUUGAUAUCCAAACAAAUACUCGGCGUUUUCAAUCCCUCUUCCAUUACCUUCUUGAAGAAGUUGCGUUGGAGCCGACACGGUUAAAUAAGAUUCCCAUGCAGGCCCAGAGGGAUCUGUAUCUUUUGCUCUCAAGAUUCAUAAUCUUCUAUAAUUCAGUUGACAAGCUUGAAAGCUUCUUAAAGCACUUUCCAGUUUUUCCAAAUGCUUUCUUGGUUGGCAGUCCUGCCGACUUUUUCGUCAUUGAACUUGCAGAUCAGCUUCAAAAGUUAAAGGUGGAACCAGUACUACUACACUACCUUUCACACAUUAAAGCUCUCCAGGGCAUGGAACUAAGAAUGGCCACAAGUACAAGGUUAAAGACUUGUUUAUACAGCUUCACAUCUCCUGGUGGUCCAAUGUAUCCAACAAGAGCUGUUCGUCAUGCUGCCUGGAGUGCAUUAGAUUUUCUUUUUCCUGUUGGGCAAUACCCUCGGCAUCUUAUAAGUCUGUUCUUCAGAUUGUUAUAUCCAUGGUAUUGGCCCUCUUCUUGUUGGAACUUCAUUCUCUCUUGUAUAAAGGCAGUACUGUAUUCUCUGUUAAGGUUGGUAUUUUCUAGUUGGGAGAAGCUGAAAAGGCCAAAAGAAUACUAAAUGACCGCCAGAGUCUCUGAGACCCAGCUCGUGUAAAGUCAAAACUGAAAAUCCACUUAAAAGGUUAAAAAUGUGCAGCAUCUCAAAUUAAUAGAUGUGAAUUGUGUGUGCGCCUUUUGUUUUGCGUACAGCCUCAUAUUUUACUCAGAGGUGUCCAUCAUACUAGUGUUUCAUGUUAAAAUACUUUGUACACAGAACCAUCAGCUGGUUUAUCCGUUUUAGCAUCAACUGGUAUCCAUCAUACCAGUAUUUUUUUUUGUUUUUUUUGUUUUUGUUUUUGGGGAGUAUCAGGGAUCAUUUUUUUAUGCUUUGCACCACAUCUAAUUUCUCCCUUGUCAAAUAUAAAUGUGUAAAUUACAAUUUACGCCCUUA